AGAGCGCAAAUUGAUUGACAAAAAUGUCAACAGAAUCAUAGAAUGUAGAUCUAAUUCAUGAAUUAAGACAAUCUUUAUUCUCUUGAGAAAUGGGUCAAUCACCUACUCCAACAGAGCCUCAAGCCGACCCAAUAACUACGAUCUUCUACGGACUGACGGCCAUCAUCCUCGUAUACCUAAUCGUUGACUUCUUUAUGCGCUUAUUAAAAGUUGGAAACUACGGCGACAGAUACGUGAUGGUCACUGACUGCGACUCUGCGUUUGGACAAAGUCUAGUCCAUCGUUUGGACUAUUUGGGUUUCCACGUAUUUGCCGGAUGCCUCACAGAGGACGGGAGAAUUUUCUUGUCCGGUAACUGCUCCAACCGAGUGGCCACGUUCCUCCUUGACGUCACGAAGACCAAGCGUAUCGAAGCAGUCGUUCAAGCAGUUCGCAGGCUGCUCCCAAACAGCAAAGGGCUCUGGGGUCUGGUCAACAAUGCUGGAAUUCUAGGCAACACUGGCCAGAGUGAGUCCUGCAUCAAAGACGAUUACGUCCGAGUUCUGGAGGUCAACCUUCUAGGAAUGAUCGAGGUGACCCGCCAAUUUCUGCCCUACAUCAGAAAAGAAAAAGGGCGGGUGGUGAACAUGUCAGACAUGUUUGGCCGGCUGGCCAUCGGCUUAGCUCCUUAUACAGUUUCCAAGUUUGGAGUUGAAGCUUACUCAGACAUUUUAAGACGUGAAAUGUGCAAGCUAAAGGUCAAGGUCUGCAUAAUUGAACCAGGCAGUUUCCGGGACACUUUGUUCAUGGACGCCAUCAGACCCGAUAGUGGAAAUGACCUACAAGACCGCUCCAUUGACGACUUACUGGAAACAUCUAAUUUAACUGCUUCAGACGUGGCCAGGAACUCUUCUUUUAUGCCUGUUUUGAGUGCGUGUACGCAUGCUCUGACGUCAACAUUUCCCAAUACAAGAUACGUGAUAGGUUAUGAUGCUUGGCUUGUCCACUUACCUUUGACCUACUUGCCUACCUGGAUACCAGACUGGAUAUACGCCUUACCUGAAUGUAGCUAUACGCAUUCAAACAUUGCGACCGGCAUUGCCUCAGGUUACCAAAACUAAGUCUUAUCAGUUACUCUGGAACCCAAUCAGUUACUUAAGCAAAGACACAAAGCCUCCUUUUAGUAACUGACAGCAAAGCUUUUAACAUGCCGAGAUAGAACAGGUGAUUUAUUUACUUACUAACAUUAUACACGAAGUACACAAUAUAUACAAAUACAAUUAAACAAUAACUAUAUACAUUUAUUA